AUAAAUGAUGAUGAUGAUUAUGAUGAUAAUUAUUGUCUCAGUAAUUCAGGAGGUGCUGCAGCCCCGUAUUGUUGUGGUGGGUGCUGGUGCAGCUGGACUCGGCGCAGCCAUCAAGCUAAACCAUCUGGGUUUCAAGAACAUCAUUAUUGUUGAAGCAUGUCAGCAGGUUGGAGGCAGAAUAGCAAAAGCAAAUAUAGGAAAUGCCUGGGUUGACACUGGGGCUCAGUAUGUUCAUGGUGCAUCUGAAAAAAACCCAGUCUACUGUCUUCUAAAAAAGUCUGGCCUCCUCAGCCAAGUGCCAGAAGAUGGCAAAAUCUUGUUUUACAGAUGCAAUGGACACAAAGUUGAUGAAGAUUUCAGCAAAUAUGUGUAUGAGGCUGGAGAAAAAAUAAUUCGGUAUUAUGGUAAUAUUGGAAAAAGCAUAGGAGAACAUUUUGCAGAGAAAGCUCAGGAGCUCAUCGACAUGCAUCAAGCUGAUGAGAAGAUGCUAGUGCAGAGCAUUCUUUCUUUAGUUGGGAAACAGUUUUUGCUCGAUAUCGGAGCCUCUGACCUUCAUAAUGUAUCUUUGGCUUCGUGGCAAUAUUAUAUCAACAUGGGGGAAGAUCUCAAUGUGGAAGGACUUAUGUUUCAAUUAGUGGAAAAUUUAAUGGAGGACUUCCCUAAGAGUUUGCUCUUGAAUAAAGCAGUGAGCAAAAUUGAAUGGGACGACUCUUUCAGUGAUAAAGAAGGCCAUGUUUACCCUGUGUGUGUUGUGUGUGAAGACGGAGAUGAGAUUUUGGCAGAUCAUGUAAUUGUCACAAUCUCACUUGGCUGCCUCAAAGCUCAAGCAGACACGUUCUUCAAACCAAGACUUUCUGCAGAGAAGAAGGAAGCGAUUGAUAAACUUGGUUUUGGAAAUAUUGGAAAGAUCUUCUUAGAAUAUGAGAAAGCAUUCUGGGAGAAUGAUGUCAGUCAUAUUCAUUUUAUUUGGGACGACGACUCUGUUUCAUCUGUGCACACUGAUCAAGCUCAGUGGCUGAAACACCUCCAGAUAUUCACUGUGAUGAGACCAAAAGAAAAGUUUGGCAAUAUCCUAAUUGGAUGGUGUCCUUCAGAUGUAGCUGACCUGAUUGAGACCAUGCCAGAGAAAGAGUUAACCAGUGCAAUCACUGAACACAUCAGGAUGUUUACUGGAGAUCCACAUAUUCCUCCACCAAAGACAGUUCUGCGCACAGAGUGGCGUAGUAACUGCUUCACAUCUGGUGUUUGUAGUUUUCUCCCUGUUAAUGUAGAUGCGCUGGUCAUGGAUGUCCUGGCACAGCCUUUAGUUGGCACUAGGAACCCGAACAAGGAUCUUUAGGUUUUGUUUGCCAGAGAAGCAACUAUAAAGUCACUGUAUGGUACAGUGCAGGGAGCUUUGCUUUCUGGACACAGAGAAGCAGAGAGACUGCUGCAGUAUUACAAAGUAACCAAGCCUGCUACUGUUCCCUGUGCCACACACACUUAA